AUGGGACUCGUCACUAUUCAAGCGCUCUCAGCGCUUCUAGUUCUUACAGCAUAUGCCGAGUGUACUUCGAGCGACGCCCCAAGCUCCUCGACGCAUUGCUGCCAAGCCCUCGUCGAUGCCGGCCUGGGAGAACGGGUGCUCUUCCCCGAUGAUGCACUCUACCAAGAUGCUGUUGACGGGCAUUGGUCUCUCGAAGCUCGUCUGAGCCCAAAGUGUUUCGUACAACCACACGAUGCAGGAGAGGUUGCCAAAGUUGUCACCACCUUGGUAGAAGCGAACAAGACCGAGUUGUGCCAGUUUGCUAUCCGAUCAGGUGGCCAUCAGACCUGGGCUGGUGCCGCCAACAUCGAGGAUGGUGUCACACUUGACCUUGCUUACAUGAACUCAACCACAUACAACCCCGAGAAUGCUACCGCCUCGAUCCAACCAGGCGCAAGAUGGGGCGGUGUAUACAAGACACUGGAUGCCUUGGGUGUCGCUGUCCCUGGCGGCCGUGCGGCGACCGUGGGUGUUGCUGGACUGGCCACAGGCGGCGGCAACUCUUUCUAUGGCUCGCGUGAAGGCUUCGUCUGUGAUAACGUGAUUCGAUUUGAGGUUGUGCUAGCAUCCGGCGAGAUCGUCGAAGCAGACAAGGACAACAAUCCAGACCUGUGGCAAGCAUUGAAAGGUGGCUCAGGCAACUUCGGCGUUGUCACAAGACUGGAUAUGGCUACACUGGAUGGCAUCGACCUCUGGGGUGGCGUCGUCACCUAUUCCAACGACACAACUCAAGCACAGAUCGAGGCCAUGUACAACUUCGGCGAAGAGGUCACGAAUGAUCGCUACGCCAGCGCCAUCAGCAUCUGGCAGUACAACACGGAGUCUGAUGCAAACAUCAUCAUCUCUGCAUACGACUACACGAAGCCCGUUCCCCGACCGGCAAUCUUCGAUGAGUUUCUUGCCAUCCCUGACAACACGUCUGAUUCUACAAGAAUCACCAAUAUGACUGAUCUCACCGUCGAGCUCGAGCAGACACCCGGCUACCGCGACAACUUCUACACCAUCACCUUCAAGAACAACCUCGAAGUAAUGGAGGAAGCUAUUCGCAUGCAUCACGAAUACCUCGAGACAAUCCAGGCCGCAGACAUCGCAGGCAACUGGACCAUUCAGACCAUGUUCCAGCCCAUCCCGUCGUUCUUCUCCGAACACAGCGUCGAGAAGGGUGGCAACAUGCUUGGCCUCGAACGCUUUGACGACAAUCUGAUCCUCUGGCAGACGUACCUCGCCUGGACAGAAGAGUCCCUUGACGAGCAGUUCCAUACGUGGGGCAUGAACUUCAUCGACGAGCUCGACUCCUUCGCUGAAUCCAAGAACGCCAGCAACCCCUUCAUCUACCUGGACUAUGCGUACAAAGCACAAGUCCCGUUAGCGAGCUACGGCGAGGAGAAUGUCAAGAAGAUGAAGGCUGUCGCUGCCAAAUAUGAUCCCGAGGGCGUGUUCCAGGUCAUGGUGCCUGGUGGAUUCAAGAUCAGUCGCGUGGGCAAUGGCGAGGGCGAGGAUGGCGCGGCUGCGGCCGACAAGUUGAAGAAGCGGGAGUUAUGA